GAGAGUGGGAGCUGAAGACUGAGAGAGAAACAGGCAAGGGGGAAAGAGGAGUAAGGGAGCAUCAGAGUCGAGUCUGCUUCUAACCACCGCCUGUCGGAUCUCCCUGAGCUGACGGGCUGCUGCUGCUGCUGACUGGAGACUGGAUCCUUUUGCAGCACACACACCAGAGUUUCCCUGUGGCUAUGCGUUCAGCUUGCAUUAACCUCUGCUGGCUCCGUCACUGGCACACAUGAGCGAAGGUUUGACCAGCUUGGACCUGACUCAACACCCAUGAACCCCUGCCAACUCUGGUAUACCCUCUCAUUAAGGUGCCCAGUUGGACUCUGGAGGCCGAACAGUGAAUUCAUUUAUCUGUUCAGGAAACCAGCUUGAAAUUAUAUGAACAUUGAGAAAUGGCACGUUAUCCUGCUGGAAGCAGCCAUCUGAAAAUGGGUUUACUGUGGUCAUAAAGGAAUGGACAUGGUCAACAACAACACUCAGAUGGGAAAUGCCUCCGAAAUUUUUCAGUUCGUGUCCAGAAUAUCAAAAGAUAAUGACUUCGUCAUGGGAACACUCUACACCAUAUUUGGUGUGUUGUCCGUACUGGGGAAUGGGAUCCUGCUGUUUGUGGCCUAUAGAAAGAAAUCCUCUCUGAAGCCAGCAGAGUUCUUUGUCGUCAAUCUGGCCAUCAGUGACUUGAGCAUGACUAUAACUCUGUUUCCACUGGCCAUUCCCUCAGCCUACGCUCACAUGUGGUUAUUUAACCUGACAACCUGCACUGUCUAUGCCUUUUGUGGUGUUUUGUUUGGCCUGUGCAGUCUGUCCAAUCUCACGGUGCUCUCUUGUGUUUGUUGGCUCAAGGUCUGCUGUCCAAACUAUGGUAACAAAUUCUCAUACUGCCAUGCCUCCCUACUCGUCGCGGGCAUCUGGUGCUACGCCGGAGUGUUUGCCGUGGGUCCACUGUCAGGUUGGGGAGAAUAUGGGGCUGAACCUUAUGGGACUGCGUGCUGCAUCAACUGGCACGCUCCCAACCACAGUUCUGCAGCGAUGAGCUACAUCAUCUGUCUCUUCUUCUUCUGCUACAUUGUUCCCUGUACUGUUAUAUUUCUGUCCUACAUCUUCAUCUUGGUGACAGUGCGAGGCUCUCGGCAGGCCGUGCAGCAGCACAUGUCUCCUCAGAACAAGAUCACCAAUGCACACGCACUUAUAGUUAAGCUUUCCGUGGCAGUUUGCAUUGGUUUCCUCACAGCUUGGAGUCCAUAUGCGGUUGUUUCCAUGUGGGCAGCCUUUGGGAAAGCAACAGAUGUACCACCAAUGGCUUUUGCUUUGGCAGCCAUUUUUGCCAAGUCCUCCACCCUUUACAAUCCCAUUGUCUAUCUGGUCUUCAAGCCCAAUUUCCGGAAGUCUCUGUGUCGGGAUGUAGCUCACUGCAGAAGCACAUUCUGCAGAUGUUUUUGUCAACACAGCUCUGCACAGAAGGGAACUUGCAGGCAAUCUCAUCACAUUGACGAGUGCAACUCUACAAGGUUGUCUAACGGACUGCCAGAGAACCACCGGACCUGCAGACAUUGUCCUUGCACUGAAACAGUCUCCGGUGCCAAGGAAAAUUUCACAGAUUACAGUCCUCAACAGACUGCCAGAAUACUGAAAGGAUCUGUGCAAACCGAGGUCGCUGUCAGUCAGCUCUCCAAUGAGCUGCAGAGUGACUUUCUUUAAAGAGAGAAAAUUGCUGCCUCAAAGACAAAAGCUGCCAAAAGAAACCAGCAACAAAAAACUGCAAGACGUUGGAUUAAAAAGAAAAAGGCUAAUUGCAAUUUCAGGAAUAGUCACAGGCUCAAGACGUACUUACUGAUGAAAAAGACUAUUAUUCAGUAUUAUUCUUGAGUUUGAAGCUUGUUCUAUGCCUCAAAUAUUUAAUACUGCCAAUAGAAAAAAAUUAUAUAUAAAAAAAAAUAAAUCAAGAUUUGAUCAUGCAGUUAGAUGCAAAUACAGUAAAAUAAGCAAGCCAACCAGUUCAGAUGAUUUGUCAGGUCAAAGUUACAAGCAUCAACUAUUUUAUUGCUCUGAACAAUCAACAUCUAGGAAACAAGACUGAAGAGUAAAAAUGCAAAAUCAAUUUACGCUGGAUUUAGAGGGAGGAACUGAUACUGAAACUGACUACUCCCUAAUCAACCCUUUAUGUGUUUUUACAAGUACUGUACAUUAUGGGAUAUUUGUAUUUAUUAAUGCAUGCCUCAAACUGAAGGACAACAGGGUUGCUGCUCAUAUCUAAAAGUAAGUAAAUAUUGUGUCCCGAUUGCUGUGGAAGAACGUUUUCGAAGCCUCAAUUAAUUUGCCUACAAUUUGCCGAACUUGAGGUUCACCUUUUAAAAAUAGGUUCAUCAAUUAAAUAAAUAUUAUAAUUUGUGAUAUAAAAUUAGAUCCUCUGGCACCAAAGCCAGGAAAAAUGCAUAAUGAAUGGAUUACCCAAUUAGUUGUCUCAUUCUAAAAAACAAAAAAAACAAAAGAAAAUCACAAAAGUAAUUAAACUAACAGGCUUGUGCAGAUUUUAUAAAUGUUUUUUUUUUUGGUUUUCUUACAUAUUAGCACCUUUCCAACUG